UUGAAAGAAAACUGAGCAAAUUCAUAAUUUUGAAAAUGAUUACAAAAAGUACAAAAGAUUUUUAUACGGCCUACUGGCUCGUUUUCUGUGUGUUUCUUUUAUACCAACAACCAGCAAACAUGGCUCUAGCUUUAAACAGAUCAAUGAGGUCAGUGAGUACUAAUACAGAUUUACAGCAAGGUGAUCAGUGCCCUGAAUGGGAAGUAUAUGAUGGCGUGGAUUGUGUUUGUGCUGAUGACAGCACAGCAAGGUGCUCUGACGAAGGAGGGAUGGUAUGCGACAAUAAAGGGAGACAAUACAAAUCACCGUGUUAUUUUUCCCUGAAUAUAUGCCAACAAAAGAUUGGACCUGAUACUAAUAUUGUUUCGUGUGGUGGUUGCAAGAUGUUACGGCUGACAGGAGGCAAGGAUUUUCCGUCUGACACAACUCUAGCUAAAUUUGAAAGGAUUGGAAAUGAUACAGGACUAACAACUAAAUAUCGUUCCCUUUCUGGGGAUGGCAUUCAAGUAUUUUAUUCAAGUGAGCUUGGUGCAUGGGCAAUAGGUAAAACAAAUGAAACUGGUGAUAGUGUAGCAAUGGUACAAAUGUUAAACGGUUCUUACCCAGAAGAGGGGAACCCCGGAAUGCUAACACCACGACAAAACGGAACAAGUAUCACGUGGGAGUCAGAUUUAACUUAUCGUUUGGAGUGUAUUACAGAGAAAGAAGAUGGAUUACGUCAAAAAAGAUUUAUUUUUACUCUUAUUUUUACCAUUACUGUAGUAACAGCUGUAACAACUACCACUCUAAAGGUUGUACAAGCCACAAAAGGAUGUUUAUAUUAUCCAGAAGUUUGCAAAAUGAGAGACGAAAUAAAAAAGCAUCUUCUACCUGAAGUGACUAGAAAAAGAAACAGUUUCCUGUCAAAGUAUGGUCAGCCAAAUCAGUUUGAGGCGACAGCCAGCAAAAUCCAUGACCAAGUUACUGAUAUAAAGGACAAAAUUCUGACUAUAAAAGAACUUGAUACUGCUAUUGAUAAGAAUUUAACAGAUUUAGUGACUAUUUAUAGUUCUAUUAAGGAUGACUUUUCUUAUAUUAACACAGAUAUACUAUCUGAUUACAAUGAAUGGGUAAAAAACUCUAUAUCUGCAGCGGCUUUACAGGUCAAUCUCCUUCCUAUAGAAAUACUGAUGACGUUACCAGUAUUGGUAGCAACAAGUGCUACUACCUUAGCGCUUGCCGCAUCGGGUAUCGGUGCUGUCCUAGCUGUAGGGUUUGCCAUAGUUGAUGUUGUUUCUAGUGUAAAGGAAGAGAAACGUGUACGGGAUCAAUUACAGGAAAAGAAAAAUACACUUAUCAAGUCAAGAAAUCAAUUAAAUUCUGCAUUUAGUAGUAUGAAGACUUUUCAGAAAAAGUUCUGCCAGUAUGUUGUGAAAUUUCUUUAUGAUCUGUCAAGUAAAGGCAAACAGUAUGAACCAAAAUUGCUGUCGCUUUAUAAGUUUGUCUCUAAAACUUAUGGGCAUUCUAAAUAUAGAUGUUAUUAUAACCACAUAAUAGAAAAAUCAAACCGCAACACUCUUGAGAGCCUUUCAAAUAAUUAUCUGCAGCCAUUAAUAACAGUUUUGUCCAAUAGCAUUGAUAAAUUAAAACUGAAAAUACAAGAAAUACAGGAAGCUAAUGUUUUUUUGGAAGAAAUAAAAAACAAAAUCAUAAAAAAAUCAGAGAAACCAUCAGACAUAUUUAAGUUUAUUAAAAUGUAUAAACCAAAACUCACAAAACAAAUGUACAGCAACUUAUUUGAUCUUCUAAAAUUUAUUUCAAAAUCAGUUCUUCCUAAUCGCAGCUGUUAUUGGGGUCAUGACCUUAACUUAAUUCGUAAAGGGGUCACUACGGUACACAACUACCUAAAAAGCUCCAUUUGCGAUAGCCAAGAGAUUGAAUAUCUUACAAAUAAAAUAAGAAAUGGAGUGAAAACUAAUGUUCCUGUGUGUAGAAUUGCCCGCCAAGUAACCGGAACUAUUUUUAGAAGUCGGUUUACCGUUACACGAUUCAUAGCGGAUUACAUUUUACCAAAUAAGGAUUGUUAUUGGGGAUAUGAUCUCAGCAGCAUCCGAGGCACACCAGAUGAAGCUGAAAUAAACAAUGCCAAAAUUGACGCUACAUUUAUUACAACAAUGAAAAAUCUUAAAACGAGUAAUGCACCUAUGUCACUGAUUAAACCAAUACUGAAAGGACAGUUUGGAAUCAUCACAUCAAAAUGGCAAACCUUUAUUUUAUAUCACGUAUGGCAUAAUAAAUACAUGACAAAUGAUACAUGUGCCGAGGGUUCAUGCACAUCAACAUGCUUUCCAUCAUUACCACAAUUCGAUACAUGUUGAAUUUCUCAUACUGAGGACUUAUGUAUCUUAAAUUUAUACAAAAUGAAAAUAUCCACCUUAU